GCCGCCACGGGACUGACAACUCAGGGAGUGAGAGAGGGUGCUUGGCAAGGCGCAUGGGGCUGCCAUGAUUGGGCACGAGCGCCAGUUCGCAUCGCCAGUGCCCUAGGACAUUCAUGCGUUGCACAAACCACAAACCAGCACUUCUAGCGCCUCGCCCUGGCGGGCUCAGAGGUCGGGGAGUGACAGGCACUACUGGCUACCAUGGCACGGCGAACGAGCGCGCAAGGAGGUCCAUUUGCGCGACUCCAUCCUCUUAUUACUGCGGGCGUGUUAUUUGGUCAUCUCACCAGCAAAAUGGGCACGCAGCUCCGAGGGCCCAUUGUUUUUCUCUCUUGCAGGUGGAAAGCUGCAUGCGCCCUCCCAGGUUGCCAGGUACCCCCCCCCCCCCUGGCCGAGGAUGUGGACUCGCCCCAGGGAAGAAAAACGGCCCAAGAGCGGCGAGGACAUGGCAGGGGCGGACCCGCGUCCUUUUUGGCAAUGAUCCUGUUCCUGCUGCCGUUCCCGUCCAGUUCGGGCUGCGAGGUGAGUCUGUGCCCUGUGCACAGCUCCCCUCCAUCAUCUGACAAGCGGUCGGUUGCAAUGCGCAGCCGCAGCUGUGCCGGCAGGCAGACGGACAGACAGGCAGAGGAAGCGGCACAGGGCGGUCGUCGCCAUGUCGGAAGAGCUGGUGGUGCCAGCGACGCCGGUGCCGUCGGACUGCCAGGUCGACGGGAGGUAGGCUGGGGUGAUAGACAGAGCCUGUAG